CAGUUUGAAUGAAAAUCUCAUAAUUAAUAAGUAAUUAUCAAAUUGUGCGAUAAUUAUUGACUGGAUUAACAAUUUCAUCGAAAUUACUAAGGACUCAUCAAAACGUCUGAUUUUCAAUCGUCAAUAUCUCGAGACUGGCUGAGUGAAAUUCAAAAUUUAUUUAUUUCAAAUUGAAGAUCUGAGUUUUAUCUUUGAAAUGAAUGUUGAUUUUCGGAAAUCGGUUCGUAGGGUCAGCGGGAAUCGGACGAGUUUCGAGCGACUGCGUUGUUGACAUCUGUCACACAUCUGUAACUUAUGUAUUACAUAUUCCUAUGUAUGUGUGGGAAUAUAACAUGGCCGGUGUGAUGGGUCUUGCUCUCCAAUUAUCCCGGGAUUUGUGAGCUUUCGAGGAUUGAAAAUACCAAUUAUUUAAUGAACAUUGAGCAACAAAAAGUUUAAAAUGUCUCAGUGCGUGCGAUCAGUCUCCAGUCGAGUAAUAACUUACGUUAACUCCAGAAAACAGCUGAUGCAAAUUAACCGCCGGCUGCCAAAACACAUGAAGAGGUCUGCACUCCUGCAAAAGUAUGAUACGUUUUCUGUAAGUCAACCAAAAGUUGAUGAGACAAUCGCAUACCUGACGAACCGAUUUAUCGUCCACGGGAAUCCCCUGAGACUUUAUUCAACAACUUCUAGCCCCAAAGAGUCUGUCGUAACUCAGAAUUACGAUAAAACCUCAGACGACAGAAAGAACGACGAGAAGACGAAGGGACCCUCCCAACAGCAGCUGCAAACGAUAAAUGAGGCCCUGGAGAGAGAUCUUCCCAAGAUAUUUGUAUCUUCCAUUGACUAUCGUAUAUAUCACCGGGACUUGGAGUUCAUAAAUAAUUUGAAAGGCACAUCAUCAAAGGGAAUAAAUAAUUAUAUAAAACAAAUAUUGUACCUGAGGACAUCAGCCCAUGUUAUGUACGCGUACGUAAAAUUCGACAUCCUGAAGAUAACGAUGCACCCGGACGAGGGUACCGUCAAAGUCAGGUGGAGAAUCAGAGGUCUCUCUGGGCUGAAAGUUUUCGCGAUGUUCUGGAAGCUGAAGAUUUUGAAAAUAUCUGAAAGUAUGCGAGCGCUUGAAUCGUGGCAUGACGGAUUAUCCACGUUCUACGUUGGUUCAGACGGUCUAGUAUUCAAACACGUGGCUGACAAGAUGAUGCCGGACGACGAGAAAAUCCCAGCAAAAGCCAAGCCCGACAUAGCAGCUAAAUUAGCUGCGUGAGUCUUGUGCUCAGGAUCUCCCCCGAGAUCCAGCUGGCACCCAUUCCUGGUUAGAAAUAAAAAAAAAUAAGCCUUCAUCCACUGCUGUAUUGAGCACUCGACGAUUUAAUUCCACGUAUUUAUUUGAUUAUCAGAUGAUUGGUAAAGAAUAAUCAGCAAACUCCAGUUUCAUCUGUCUAGAGUUUAAAAUAGUUGGAGCUUCACGUGUUUGUUGGUUUUAUUAAUAAAAUGAAUUGCAUUUUUAA